CUUCUUGUUACUGUCCAAUGGUCUGUGUGCUACUGACAAUGUGAACCGUGGAACCGUGCAAGUAAAGACAGGACACCCGGGAGCUCUAGUACAGACGACGUAUAGACGCUGCGUGAAAACCUUUCACAAGCCUCAAACCUUGCCAUGCUAAUAAUGGAAUAACAAAGACUGGGCCUUUUGCAUCAAAUACAGAUUUAAGUAUCCACGCGCGCUGGCGCUUCUUGCUCACCGGUUGUCUGUGCGCGUCUUCGGUGUCUCCUCUUACCCACCCCCUCUUGUCUCCCCUCACUGGGCAUGGACUGACCGACUCCUUCUCCGGAUCAUUUGAUGGGGCUGCUCAGAGUCAUGAUGCCGCCUAAGUUGCAGAUGCUGGCUUUGCUGGCGUUCGCCGUGGCCAUGUUCUUCCUGGAGAACCAGAUUCAGAAACUGGAGGAGUCACGAGGAAAACUCGAGCGGGCCAUUGCUCGGCAUGAGGUACGGGAGAUCGAGCAGCGACACACCCAAGACGGCUUGCGGGAGCGGGACUCUUCGUGGGCGUCUGUGUCCGAGAGCGACGACGACGUGGUCAUCAUCUACAACCGCGUUCCCAAAACGGCGAGCACUUCAUUCACCAACAUCGCCUACGACCUAUGUGGGAAGAACCACUACCACGUCCUGCACAUCAACACCACCAAGAACAAUCCCGUCAUGUCCAUACAGGACCAGGUGCGGUUUGUGAAAAAUGUGACAGAAUGGAGAGAGAUGAAGCCAGCUUUCUACCAUGGCCACAUCUCCUUCCUGGACUUCACCAAGUUCGGGGUGAAGAUCAAGCCGAUCUACAUAAACGUGAUCAGAGACCCCAUCGAAAGGCUGGUUUCCUAUUACUACUUUUUGCGUUUCGGAGAUGACUACCGACCCGGCUUGAGGCGCAGGAAACAAGGAGACAAAAAGACAUUUGAUGAAUGUGUAUCAGCCGGCGGCUCCGACUGCGCCCCGGAGAAGCUUUGGCUCCAGAUUCCCUUUUUCUGCGGCCACUACUCUGAAUGCUGGAACGUGGGUAGCCAUUGGGCUCUGGAGCAGGCGAAAUACAACCUGGUGAACGAGUACAUGUUGGUCGGCGUGACGGAAGAGCUGGAGGACUUUGUCAUGAUGCUGGAGGCCGCUCUGCCACGCUUCUUCAAAGGGGCCACCGAUCUGUACAAAACAGGAAAGAAAUCCCACUUGAGGAAGACCAGCGAGAAGAAGCCACCCACCAGGGAGUCCACGGCCAAACUGCAGCAGUCGGCCAUCUGGAAGAUGGAGAACGAGUUCUACGAGUUUGCCCUGGAGCAGUUCCAGUUUGUCAGGGCCCAUGCGGUGCGGGAAAAGGAUGGCGAACUCUACAUGUUGGCGCAAAAUUUCUUCUAUGAGAAGAUCUACCCCAAAAACUAAGAAGGGUGGGACGUAUCCUCGGAGCAGUUUGGGGGAGAGAUGAGGAUGACACAAGGGCGAGACACCCGGAUAUCCCCUGGCGGAAAUGCGAUGGGAGUUAAAACGAGUUGACUACUUGUGAUGGCAUAUGCCGUCAAACUGCAAACAGUUGGUGUUGCUCACAAAUGGGAGGGGGGCUGGGGGGGGGGGGCGAGCUCGUGUUCCGCCCCCAUCCCAGCAGGUCAGCGGCUUCCUUUCACUUCCAUUUCAGAGGGCCGGCUAAAGUUGCCCCAAGUUGGCAACAAAGGACUAUUUUUGUCUAAACGAAACUCUUAAUGCCACUUCAACAUAGUUCCUUGGCACCAAGAUGCCACAAGAUGGCGGCAAAUGGCCUAAACACAAAAACAGACUAGUUGCGCUCUCAGUUUCUCAAUGAAUAAUUUGGUGAAUGCUGAACUUUAAAUUGGUUACAGCGGUCGCUUGGCACACAAGUUGCAGUUGUUUGCGUGAACAAAAAAAUUAGCACUGGGUCAUAUUUAAAAAAAAACAGGUCAUCAAACACGAUGAAAGAGAAUGGGCAGGAAUAAACUACUUUUAUGGAGUGUAACUACUGUACUGUAGUAUUCGUGUGUUGAAUGUGUGCCUUGAAAGUGCGUGGCCUAGUGAGUAAGGUUGGCUGGUUAGUCUGUGUGUGAUCGUAUGGGCGUGAGUUGUGGCAUACAGCAGCUUCUUGCGGGUGUUCUCAUUUUGAAUUUGUGCACCUGCUAAAAGUGAGUUGCUGAAUAUUACCUUCAUUGUUCUGUUUUUGUUUUUUGGGCGGGGGGUGGUGGGGGUGUAACUCAAACUUGCAAGUUGAGGUUCUUAUAAAUCAUGCUAACACCAUCCUAUUAGCCAGCGCUUUGGCGGCAUCUUGUGGCAUCUUGCAACGUUUAAAAAAAAAACAUGAAUGGAUGAUUUUUCCAGCAAAUAACAGAGAACAGGUUCCACAGAAAAUAAAAACACAAAGAGUUGAGUUGGUGAUUAGCAAACCACGACUAGGUGGAGCUUCACUAUAUUGUCUUUUGGGGACGACGUGUACCCUGCUUUGAUCAGACCUCCAGUGAAAAAUUGAUCCAGCUGUAGUAUUUGGACUUGAACAAAGAUGUUUGAGGUUUUUAUGAAAUGUAAAAAAAAUAUAUAAAAUAAUAGGUGUGUAUGUUUUAUACUGUGUGUUCUGGUUCGCGCUGGCAAGUGCAUCUUUCUAGCCUCGCCGCUUCUUUCCAUGUGCUUUUUUUAAAAUUACAGCGCGUAUGAAGGAACGCAAUGAAGAUGCUGCUUGCUGUAAAUAGGAGAUUUUCGCUAUGUCACUGCUUCCUGUUUGAAAUUAGCUUGGUUUACAUAUAUAUAUAUAUAUAUUUAAUUAAAACAAGUCGGUGUUUUUGUAAUUAUUCAGUAAGUUGUCCUUAUGUAUAUAACUGAUUUGAUUUGUUUGUUAUGCUGCAAUGCCAAUGGCCUAAGGACGACCUGCCACCUUUUUGGGAGCUGUAAUCACGACUCAUUGAAUAAUUUGACUACAAAUAGAUGAUGAAGGUUUGUGUGCGAGUGUGUGUGUGUGUGUGCCUGUGUGUGUGCUUCAUUCCGCCCAAAAACAAUGCUGCAGCUAUGUCCGAUACAAAAAUAAAACAACAUGGCUGUAUUGGUUUUUUUUUUUUAAAGCUUUUGGUUAUUUUGUGCCUUAGUCUGCGGAACACAGGCUGGGUAUCAAAGAUAUUAAAGAAAGUCGUUUGAACACUUA